UUUGAACUUUUGAAUUCUACUGCAAAAUGUCAUUUGACAUUGACAUUGUGACAAGUAAAAUUUUGACAAUUAGUGAUUUAGUUUAUAAUCAUGGAAAUCGCAUUUUUUUUCGCUAAUGUGUUGUUGUAAGUGAAAUAAAUAAUCCGUAAUUCAGAUAUUUUAUCAAUUAUACAUUUAAAUCAUGGACUUCGAAAGUCCUGAUGUAGAGAAAGAUUUUCCAGGAUUAUACGCGUCGGAAACUGGACGUAAAAGUAACGAAAGUGACUUUAGUGACGGUGGAGACCAUGAGAAACCUAGCAAAAAAGAUCUUCUUGGACGACGUAAAGAUAAAAAGGAGUCAAAAAAAGACAGAGGCUAUGCAGCUUUAGAAGGCGAAAGUUCUCCUGAAGAAGACACUGAUACAAAAAGUCCUUCAAAAAGUAAGAAGACUAAAUCAUUUAAAUUUCCAACUAAAAGUAAGGAAAAACGGGAAAAGUCAAGAGAUAAAGAAAAAGUUUUAGAUGAUGCAACAAAACAAAAGGAGCUUAGUGAAAAGGAGAAAAAAAAGGAAAAGGAGAGAGAAAAAGAGCGGGAGAAGGAAAAGAAAGAGAAAGAAAAGCGAGAAAAAUUAAGAGAAAAGGAUAAGGAGAAAGAAGAGAAAGCUAAAUUUAAGCUCGAAUCGAAAGAAAAGUUAAAAGAUGACAAGAAGGAAAAGGUAAAAGAGAAAGAAAAGGACAAGGUGAAAGAGAAAGAAAAGGAUAAAGUGAAAGAGAAAGAAAAGGAUAAAAAAGAUAAAAAGCUCACAAAGGUGCCGUCCACGGUGACGUCAGGGGUGCCGUUUGAAGAAAUAUUUACAUUGGGAGUUGCUCUACCAAUAUUCGGAGUACCGCUGCAACAGUCCGUGGAGCGCUCGCGAUGCCACGACGACACCGCUCUACCACUUGUCGUACGAGACAGUAUCGACUACUUACAGGCAUACGGCUUAAAAUCGAAUCAAAUAUAUCGGACUGAACCAGACAAGAUAAAGCUACAGCAGCUACGAAAACUGUAUACAGAUAGAGGGCCAACGUUUCCCUACCACUGGGAUGUGCCGGUCGCUUGUGCGAUAUUGAAAAGCUUUAUUAGCGAGUUGCCAGACUCAAUACUGACGCAAGAGCUACAUGGCCAGUUCGAACAGGCCACAGCGAUGGCAGAGCCUCAGCGAGAAGUGACCAUGACGGCGCUGAUCAGCAAACUACCGGCCUGCAACCACAGUCUACUGGGCUGGCUCAUGAGACACUUUGAAAGCGUUGUUGCUAACGAACAGACGAAUCACGCGAACAUUCAAACGAUAGCAACGGCAAUGGGUCCAGCGUUGAACAUGUCUCUCAACUUGAUCACUUACUUCAUCACGAAAGCUGAUAAGUUGUUCCCUGAAGUACGUCUCACAAAAUAUGUGCCUCCACUUUUGUCGAUCCCGGCCGAUUUCCCCGAAACGGCAAAUGAAAUAAGCGAAGAACUACGCAAGCAGGAGUCUCUGUUGAAUCAGAUCCACGCAGAGAUGCACGCCGGCUUCAUCACCAACGCCAGAGACCAGCAGCUGUGGGAGGCUCAGAGAAUCGUCACGCAACUGAAGAGAAAGCUCCGGUCGGUUCAGAAGUCAGUUGAACCGAAUGCGGCGCCCGUACAACAAGUUUCAACCGAUGAGAAACAAGAAGGUGAACCCAUCCGAGAGAACUCACAACCAAGCGAAACAAUCGCCAUUGAAGUCGAAACAAAAACGCCACAACCAAUCAUACAGACAGUCAGUGACGCAUUUCAAGGAACGAAAGAUUCUCCAAUUGCAUCCGACCCGACAUUCCCAGUAGAAUUCGAAGAUAAUUUCGAUUUUAAGCCAAGUGAAACUAAAGAAGUAACAGAAACGGAAGUACCAACAGAAAGAGUUAAGGAAAAACCUAAAUUCACAGAAAAAGAGCUCAAAGUACUGCAACUCCAAUUAGAAAAUGCAGAGUAUUUGCAAUUAAAAUCACUACUUCAAGCAAAAAUAAAUUCGGAACAGUUCGAAAUUGUUAAACUCAGAAGUCACGUUGCUUUAAAAAAUAAACAAGAAGGUAACAUACAGACUAGUAAGGAAAAUAAAGAGAAUUAUACGCCUGAAGAACAAGAAUUGAGACAAAAGUUGAUAAAAGAAAACGCCAUCUUGGAACAGAAAAGGCUGAAUUUGGUCAACCAGAUAUUUCAAGAGAGAGUUGCUUGUAUACAAUUGAAAAUCGAGUUGGCCAUGAAAGAAAUAAUGUCAAAAUCUUGAAUUAUUCAAUUACUAAACUGAAAUUUAUUUAUCCUAGAUUAAGUUUCGAUGUAUCAAUUGUCUUCGUCUAUUCCAAGUAUGUUAAAUGUUAUAAUUGUAAGAUAUUAGCGCACUGAUAUAAUAAAUACGUUAGUUUAACAUA